AUGUUUCCCUGUCUGCACCUCGGUGACCUCUCACAAAACAGCACGCACUUCUGGGGCCCAGUAGCCAACUGGGGGCUCCCCAUCGCCGCCAUCAAUGACAUGAAAAAGUCCCCGGAGAUCAUCAGUGGGCGGAUGACGUUCGCCCUCUGCUGUUACUCGCUGACGUUCAUGAGAUUUGCCUACAAGGUGCAGCCUCGCAACUGGCUCCUGUUCGUGUGCCAUGCCACCAACGAGGUGGCCCAGCUCAUCCAGGGCGGGCGGCUCAUCAGAUACAAGAUGAAGGAGAAGGCAUCAGCGUAA